AUAAUAAUUAACUUUUUAAAUAAUUAUAUAUAAAUAAAUUGUGUAUUAAAAAAAAAAAAAAAAUUUUAAAAAAAUAAAAUAAAAUGAAAUAUUUUAUUUUAUCAAUUUUACUAAUUAAUUUAUUAGUAUUUGUAAGUGGAGAUGUAUUAGUUCCAAAUACCAAUAGUGAUAAUCAAAAAUAUUUCUCUAGAAAAGAUCAUCACAAGACUGAAUCAUUUAAUCCAUGUAAACAUGGUGAUUAUGAUUUCAGUGGCUUCAACAAUGCUUCAUCAUACCAAUAUAGCUUCCGUGACCAUAGAGAUUCAGAAACAUAUACCUUGUUUUGGAAUGUUUGUGGAAAAGAUGGUACUUCAAAAUGUUAUAACCAAAAAGAUGAUGCUGUUUGCGAAAAGAGUGAACAUACCUAUAGAGUAUUGGGUUUCAAUCAUAGAACCUCAUUUCAAGAAUUUACAAGUGGCGAUAAAUACGAUAGACAAGGUGGUAUUAUCACCUACACAGCUUUAAAUUCUAUAGGCUGUCCAAAUCUUCAAUCCAAUGUCCACAUUAGUUUGUAUUGUGAUCGUUUCACAAAGAAUCGUAUUCUUUCAGUUAAUGCAAACCGUGAAGCAUGUCUUGUAAAUAUUCAUUUAAUUGGUGACUCUGGAUGUCCAAUGCUUUUAAAACCAAUUUACAAAUAUAUUAUAGGCAUUUCGCUUAGUAUCAUGGCUUUUUCUUCAUUAUUGGCCGUAUGUACCUAUUGCAUCCAUUUACUUCACAAACAGUACCAUGACCGUAAAAAGAAAUUAUUAAAAGAACAAUCAAAAUCAUUAUUAAUUAAUGGAGAGAGUUCAUAUACUCCUGGUGGUGAUGAUAGUUGGUUAUAAUUUCACUAAAAUUAUUCAUAAAAAUGAUUAUUCACCAAAAUAAUUAUUCCAAAUUUAAAAAAAAAAAAAUAAAACUAUAAUUUAUUAAAAUCACAAUCCAUUAAUUUUUUCUUAAUAC